UCAACUCCGUGCGACGCCCGCAGAAACACUCGUGCGCCCUGCUACCGCUUGUGUUUGUGUACGGUGUGAGAGAAGAGUGUUGUCUUGCUACUGUCUGCGCCUCAUCCUACAGAGCUCCAUAAUGUCUGUCACCGAGAUGUUCGCUGAUAUCCAAGGCUUCCUGAGCGCAGAUCAGGACAUACGAGAGGAUAUCCGUAAAGUCGUGCAGCAGUUGGAGCAGGCCGCCAGGGAAAUCCUGACUUUGCUACAGAGCGUCCACCAGCCUACGGGCUUCAAAGAAAUUCCAACCAAAUGUGCGAAGGCCAGGGAGAUGUUCUGUACAGUCAGGACGCACAUGGCCGACCUAAAAACCAAAUUUCCAGCAGAGCAGUAUUAUAGGUUCCAGGAACACUGGCGCUUUGUCCUGCAGCGGCUGGCCUUCCUGGCCACCUUCGUGGGCUACCUGGAGUGUGAGGCGCUGGUCACCCGUGAAGAGGCGGCCAAAAUCAUUGGAAUCGAGGUGGUCCGGGAGGAAGGCUUCCACCUUGGCGUGGAGGACUACCUGGCAGGGGUGCUCAUCAUGGCCAGCGAACUUUCGCGGCUGGCGGUGAACAGCGUGACGGCGGGCGACUACAGCCGGCCGCUCCGCAUCUCAAACUUCAUCAACGAGCUGGACUCGGGCUUCCGCCUGCUGAACCUGAAGAACGACCCGCUGCGCAAGCGCUACGACGGCCUCAAGUAUGACGUGAAGAAGAUCGAGGAGGUGGUGUACGACCUGUCCAUCCGCGGCCUGUCCAAGGAGCCCGAUAACGCCGGCGACAAAUAGGCUGACCCCGACCUCCUCCUCCUCCUCCUCCUCCUCCCUGUCCCCAUCCCCCUCUCCUCCAGCACACCCCACUCAAGCAUGAGUGAUUCCCACUCAAACAUGCCACUCAUAUAAGGCUUUCUGACGUUCAGGGGAGGAUGGAACGGGUGGGGAUGUUUGUGUGUUUGAUGGAGGUGAAGUUUGUUGCAUGUGUGACUGGUGCUCUAGGAGUCUGGACGAUACUGAACCAAUUUAUUGUUUUUGGUCGUUGUUUGUGCCAGUCACCCUUUCAUUGCCCAACGGUUAUUCAUUUUCAGAAAGAUGACACUUAUUGAAGGUUUAAUACAAAACCACCCGGUGGAAAAUACAUUUUUUUUAUGUUUAUAACAGUGCCAUUUGAUUUGUUUGUCCUGGUGCCGGUUGUGUGUUCUUCUGAGCAUUAGAUGCGCUCCUAAUGUGACAACCGUCUAACGGGUUACCACAGCAAUACAGAAGCUUCCUUGUGUCUAAUUGGACAAACACAGUAAAUUUAUAUCGAGGCCAAAGAGUAGCAGGAAAACAUAAAUAUUAUGAAACAUAAGCGGUCAUGCGUAAUGACUCAAAGUACAGAUUGAAUUUGUCAUUAGUCCAGAAAAUUACUGCAUUCGACAGAUUUUUCCUCAUGCCCAAUAGUAAGACAAAGAAAACCCUAACUCGUGCUGGUGCAGAUGGUUAUUGUGCCAUUUUAUACAUAUAUACAUAUGUGUAUAUAAUUUGCAAUUGUUUUUUUGGGGAGGGAAACUUCAAUAUUGAGACGAUAUUUGGUUAUGACGUUACAUGUUCUUUGAAAGUUCAACAUUGUUUUUCUACUGUCUUUGCAGUUUGGUAGUGUUUACAGUUACUUUGCGCUCGUGUGGUUGAAUUGUUUCAUCUGUGAACGAUACUGAACACGGCACAUUUCAUUCUCUGACUAUAGCAAAUAAUUCCAUUUGAUUUAUAUAAAAGUAAAAGAAUGCCUUUACAUCGUCAGUCUGCCGUUUUGUGUCUAAUGCUUUUGAAAUGACACGUACUUUAUCAUCAUUUGUAUGAUGUUGCAAAUCCACUCCCAUUUUGUGAGUGGUAAGAAUUGUUAAGGAAACACCAAACAAUAAAAGUGCUGGUUUCAUCGUACUGUUA